UGCAGAGUGCAAGUGUGAGGCAAAGAGGAUCUUGCUUGUCGAGGGUGAUAGCACUGCUCCCUGUUCUUCCCAUGCCACAUGAUUUACGUCACUAGGAUCUGACCUCCGUGUACUGUCAUUUUGGUUCUGUUUCUAUUCAACAUCAUUAGCUGUUGGAACCUGGGUUGGGCUUUUGGAAGUGAUUCUCAUUUUGGUUUAUUUCCUCUAUGUCUGUUCAUUGGUCUAUGCUGAAGGACACAGAGCAGCGGAGGAGAUGGAAAGAAGGCGAUAGACAGAGCGCUUAUCAUGCAUGUUCUCUAACUGAACAGCAGGAGCAGCAGACAGAGUUGGAAGGGGGGGUCUCAGACAAAAGCUGCAGACACUGUUCGCUCAACGACCGCAACGAGCAACAAAAGACAAAAGAAGAAGGAGAAUCUACGGAACAUAAGACUAAGGCUGUUUGCCUCCUUUUUUUUCAGGAUUUCAUGAGCUACUUGCAUCACAUUGAAGGCAUACAGGAUGUCUGUGUCAGGAAAGAAGGAGUUUGAUGUAAAACAGAUCCUUAGACUUCGCUGGCGCUGGUUCAGUCAUUCCUCUCACACAUCAGCAGGAAAUGGGGGGUACAUUCAGCAAGAGGGAUUUGAGCACGGGGGCACACCAAUCCAGAGCCGCCUAAAGAGUCACUCCCGGGAUAGAGGAGGUCUUCGUAAGAGCAACAGCCCGGUACACAGCAUUCUGUCUCCCACCCCUGGCCCAACACCUGUCUAUGUCAGGACGGCCAGUCAAUCAUGGCAUGAGCAGAAUAUCAUCCAUCACCUUCAGGCCAGCGAGGAGUCCCCAAAAAACAAUUCUCUGCCUAAUGGCAGUAAAGUGAAUGGAAAGACCAGCCAAGAAAAUUUGAAAAGCAACCCAGAGGAGUGCCCAGAGGAGGAAGCCACUGACAGGUUGACUUUGAGUAGUUACUCUAGGAUGAGCUCCAACUGCUCAGAUGAGUUUUUCCAGGCCACAAACCAUGCGGAACAGACAUUCCGAAAGAUGGAGACUUACCUGCAACACAAGCAGCUGUGUGAUGUGCUUUUGAUAGCUGGUGAUCACAAGAUCCCUGCACACAGGCUUGUUUUAAGUGCAGUUUCAGACUACUUCGCAGCCAUGUUCACCAACAAUGUACGGGAGGCAAAACAGGAUGAGAUCAAAAUGGAAGGUGUUGAUCCGGAAGCACUGAGAUCAUUAGUUCAUUUUGCAUACACUGGUGUACUUGAGCUGAAGGAAGAGACAAUUGAGAGCCUAUUAGCAGCAGCAUGUCUUCUCCAGCUCUCACAAGUCAUUGAGGUCUGCUGCAACUUUCUAAUGAAGCAGCUUCACCCAUCCAACUGUCUUGGGAUCCGCUCAUUUGCUGAUGCUCAAGGAUGCAUGGAUCUGUUGAAUGUGGCACACAAUUAUACCAUGGAACACUUUUUAGAAGUCAUUCAGAAUCAGGAGUUUCUCUUACUUCCUACGAUGGAAAUAGUCAAGCUACUGUCCAGCGAUGACAUCAAUGUUCCAGACGAAGAGACCAUUUUCCAGGCACUGAUGAUGUGGGUGCGAUAUGAUGUGCAGCAUCGGCAACAAGAUCUAGGAUUAUUACUUGCCUACAUACGCCUACCCCUUCUACCACCUCAGCUUCUUGCUGACUUGGAAAACAAUAAGAUGUUUUCUGAAGAUUUGGAAUGUCAAAAGCUAUUGAUGGAGGCCAUGAAGUACCAUUUGUUACCAGAGCGACGACCGAUGCUACAGAGUCCAAGGACCAAACCACGCAAGUCCACUGUAGGGGCACUCUAUGCAGUUGGAGGCAUGGAUGCCUCAAAAGGAUCUACAACAAUAGAAAAGUAUGAUCUUCGCACUAAUAGAUGGAAUCAGGUUGGCAUAAUGAAUGGCCGAAGACUUCAGUUCGGUGUAGCAGUCAUCGAUAACAAGCUCUAUGUGGUGGGGGGAAGGGAUGGCCUCAAGACAUCCAAUACAGUGGAGUGCUACGAUCCACUUACUAAAGUAUGGUCCACCAUGCCUCCCAUGUCAACCCACAGACAUGGACUAGGGAUUGCUGUCCUGGAAGGGCCUAUGUAUGCAGUGGGAGGGCAUGAUGGAUGGAGCUAUCUGAACACAGUGGAGAGAUGGGACCCCCAGGCAAGGCAGUGGAAUUAUGUGGCCAGUAUGUCCACUCCUCGAAGCACAGUAGGAGUCACUGCUCUCAGUGGAAAGCUGUUCGCGGUGGGUGGACGUGACGGAAGCUCGUGCCUGCGCUCCAUGGAAUGUUUUGAUCCUCACACCAACAAAUGGAGCAUGUGCGCACCGAUGGCGAAGCGGAGAGGAGGAGUGGGCGUGGCCACCUACAACGGCUUUCUGUACGCUGUCGGCGGCCAUGACGCUCCAGCUUCUAACCACUGCUCUCGCCUGUCGGACUGUGUGGAGAGGUAUGACCAAAAAACGGACACGUGGACCAUGGUGUCGCCCCUCAGUGUUCCACGUGACGCAGUAGGUGUGUGUUUGCUUGGUGACAGGCUGUAUGCAGUGGGUGGAUACGAUGGCCAAUCCUAUCUAAACAGUGUAGAGUCCUAUGAUGCACAAAAUAAUGAGUGGACUGAGGAGGUGCCACUGAAGAUUGGCAGAGCUGGGGCCUGUGUGGUAGUGGUGAAAUUGCCUUGAGCACUCAGGCCAUGCUCUUAAAGAAGACUCAUCAGCAGUGGCAAUCAGACAUUUGAUGCCAUCAUGUGGAACUAAAAUUUUUUGUGUUUGUUUCUAUUUUGCUUAAAUGCCAAUGAGAUGAAGGGCCUCUGUGUUGAGUAUUGCCAAAUAGCUAAGUAUUGCAAUAGUAGACACUAAAAAAAAUAAUGUGAAUGUAUCAAACCUUUGCAUAUAAAACUUUACACUUUGAAUUAAGAAAUUAUACAUUUUCUUUCUUUCUUUCUUUUUUUAACCAUAGAUACCAGUUUUAGUUUAAGACAAAAAUGAUGUUUAUCAAAUUAAUUUUCAUGUAUACAUGUUGUGUCGUUAUGUAUUAAUAACUUCAAAUAGCAACCAAAAUGAAAUGCAACAUACAGAAUAAAAUAAACUGCUAACUUCUUUAUUUAUUUAUCUUUAUCCAUGUUUUAAGACAGAGAAAUAAUCUUUGACAAUACAUUUAAAAACACUGUGAAUAUGUCUAAUUGUGAGCUUGCAUCCAGUUGUGAGUUAGUAAGCUUGAAAACAUUUUGGGGCUCAUUCACACAUAAAUGCUAUACACUUUUUAUGUAAGCCUAGGCAUAGCAUGAAACUACUUAACAAUUUUUUACAAAGCUGUUAAUGAAGUAGCUGCAAAACACCAAAGUAUCAUGUGAUAGUAUUCAUGACCUUUAAUGUUUACAAAAUAGUGAAUAUACAAAUAUAUCAUAUUGAUAUUUCACAUGAAUGUAUAGUUUUUGUAAAUAUGUCAUGUACAUAUUUCCUAAAUCAGUGUUAUAAAUGUCAUUUAUUAUCCCCUUUUUUUGGCAUGCUGCUUGGGUAUGUUUGGAUGCCUUACUUAGAUGCUUUGGUAUGUUUUCAAAUCCAUUUCCUGGGAUCACCACUAUUGUGUUUGGAUUAAGUCUGUUUUGGUAUGUUUUGACCUUCAUCUAUAGCAUAUAGAAUAUUUCAAAAGUGAUACUAAUGUACAAUUUAUGAGUUAGGUUGUAAACAUACCCAUAACAUGAAUUCUAAAAAAAAAUAUUUUGUGAUUUUUUUGCUGUUUGUAACAAGAAAGAUUUACAGAUACAUGUAUUUUACUUUUAACCAUUUUAUAUAGCAUGCAACCAUGAAUAAACUUUUCCUAAAUAAACCUCUUUAUU